AUGGCGAACUUGAAGUCAAGUCUGGAUAGCUAUCUCGCCCGAUCUUCGGAUAGUUUGCAGUCAUCAAGCACAACUUCAUCAACAAAGCACUGGUUCAGCUUCAGUCGACCCGAGAGAGAAGAACAGAUUCCUUUAGAAGGCGAAAAUGGAUGGUUUUCCCAAGCUCAGGAGGACCCUUGUCUUCCAAGUCUGACCAAAAAACAAAGAAUAGUUGGCUUUGUUCUGUCUUUACUUGUGGGUAGUUUCUGCUUUUCCCUGGCAGGAUUAUACAUUCCCAUACUGAUGUUCAAAGCUCGGAAGUUUGCCUGCCUUUACACACUUGGCAGUGUGUUUUUCAUCAUGAGUUUCUCUUUCCUCUGGGGCCCCACAAAUCAUGUAAAACAUCUUAUCUCUGCUAAAAAUAUGCCUUUCACCGUUAUAUACUUUGGAACAUUAUUUGGAACGCUAUAUUUCUCUCUUUGGUGGAAGAGCACUGGUCUGACAAUCAUUUUUGCUGUUCUGCAGAUAGGAGCUUUAGUUUUAUAUAUUACAAGCUACAUUCCUGGUGGGCAGACGGGAAUAAAGUUUUUCUCCAGAAUAUUUUAUGCUACAGCUUCAAAGACUAUUUCCAAAACAUUACCAGUUUAGCAGUAAAUUUAUAUUACUAUAGCUUUUUUUUUGUGUGAUAACAUUGUAAUAUAUAUGUAUAUAUCUGCAUGUGUUCGUAUUAUGUGUGUUGUGUGACUGAGAAUAUUUAUUAUCUACGCAUCUUUUAUUGCUAUAUAUCAGGUGCGGAUCUACGUGGGGAGGGGGCUGGGGUCAGAGGGGUCCAGACCCCCCAAAAGAGUGGCAAAGAAACAAUACGCAUUAAAGGUUGUACUUUUCGCAGGGUUUUCACAGUGAACGAGUUUCAUGUCAUGCGUGACUUUGAAGGUGGUAUAGCAUUAAGCUGUAGUACAUGUAUUUUUGUCUGCAUGAAAUAGCCUAUCUAUCAGUGUAGCCUGCGUCUUGAACAUAAUGCAGAAAAUCUGAAAAUCUCUAGAAGCUUUGAUAUCUGCAGAAAGCAUGAUUUAUUGUCACCGUUUUAUGUUGCGGUAUACAGCCUUAUCUGAGUGUGAGUUUUAAUUGGUUAGAUAAAAAUGAUCAUUCCUUAUUCAAACAGAUGAAGUGCUUAUAUGAUUGAUUCUUAUUCAUCUAUAAAUGUGUCUGGCUAAAUACAUAACUUUGGCUUCUAUAGACCUACAGGUUGUUUUUCUUUUCAUAAAUAACAUGAAAUCAGAAAGUAUUAAAAAUUAUUUUAUGAAUUUUGAAAUUCUUUAUUAUCUUUUGAUCAGAAAAGGCAGAAAACUCGAGCAUACAACAGUCUGUAUUGUGGAGCUUCCAGGGCCUAUGCCGCCCUUGGAGCGUCACUUUAUGUGUUCGGAUAGGCUGUUAAACUACUACCCACCCAUCCCCAACCCGGUCCUCCACUAUUAAUCUUUUGUGGCUUGUACUCUUUAAAUGGAUACAGAAUCUGCACUGAUUGGCUGACAGUUGAGGUAGGGUUCCCUGGGUUAAAUCUUGCAGCCUUGAUCAUGGUUGAAUAAAUGUACCAUACCUAAAAUUCAGCUUAGGCAAAGCAGAGCUUGGGCAGGGGGCAGAGCGUCAAUGACUUGCCUUAGUCCGUGAUCUGUGAUUGCAUGAAAAUACAGUAGUACAUGCUCUAUACAUAUACCGUCUUUAUAUAAAAGUCAACAUACUGCGUAGAAAACAAAUCAAAAGCAAACAAGCUGAUCGGCAGGUUUCAACAUAAAAAUAUGUUGGCAGAGGUACUGUUGUCUGCAGUGAUUUCUCAUCUGAGCUCUAUAACAUCUAAUAUGUCCCAAGGGAAGCUCUUAGCAGGCCAAAAAUAUUUUUUACACAAAGCCAAUUAAUUUCAAACAGCUGAGAAUGCAUCUCUGGCCAUCUAAGAUUGUAGAGCUUCUGGGGCCUAGGCAGACCCUGGACCCUUGCCUGAUGUUCUGUGAUAGUCUGACCCCUCUAUCACUCUCCGCUAGAUCCACCCUUGUGUAUACAUGUAUACUACAGCUGCUUUGAGUUUCAGCUGCCAGAUGUCAAAAAACAAAUAUAUACUUUCACAAGUGUUGCUUCAGUGUUAUUCAACAUUCACCCUGAUAUUAUUUUUAAAUAUUGCAAAUGUGGUGCAGACCAUAAAUCCUUCACUCAACACUUACCGCAUUAAAUGUAUUUAAAAUCUAUUCACACCAUGAAUUUUAUUUAAAACACUUGCGCUGCACCUACAUUUGCACUUAUGUACUUGUACAUAGUCUUUGCAAAUGGCAGUUUUUUGACGUAUUAUGGUUUAGCCUAUUAGAUCUGUGCAUUUUUUGCCCACAAUACUUGUACUAUCAACUUUAAUCAGUUAUCUAGAUUUACCUAAGUAUGAACUCCUAAGUUUGCGUGGAGUUUGAUUUGCUUUGGAGAUCCUGUCUUUAAUACUAUUGUUUCAAUGUAUUUCUUUGACCAUACUCCUCUUUAAUAGAUCCUCUCCAGAUUACUGUCCCUUUAAAACCUCUAUGUUCAAGGCUCUCUUCAAAGCCUAUCUACUGGCCCUGCUAGCACAGUUGUGUUUAUUGGGGAUUUGUGUGCCUUACAUACAGUGUUGUUUUGUUCACAGUUUAUAGUACACAACAUACAGUCUGCUCAGGAUGUUAAUCUGCCUGAGAACAAAAGGUGUCGAAUUUUGGUAUACUGAGAUUUGUAUGCCACUGUACAUGUGUGUGAGAAGCUAAAGUUUGGAAGAUUAGUUUUGUAAUCUAGUCCAACGAAGCAGUAAUUUGUAAUAUACAUAUAUUUGCAUAUACGACUGGAGAGAAAACCAGCAUUAUAGCUGGAUUUUGGCCCUCAGCGACUGUAUUGAUGUGAUGCUCCUGGUACGCUGACCACUCAGGCUCUGUUAAAAUACAGGUACCUGUCCAUGAAAAGUUGACUGCGAUGAGGUAUACAUGUGUGAGUCGUUACUUGUUUGGAAGCACAAAAAUUCUUACUGUGUAACGUGUACCAUUCUUCAACAUUUUCGUAUGUUUGCAACGUGUUUAUUCAGACAUAUUCUGAAAGCCAAUCCAACCGUUGUAGUUUUGUCUUCAGAAUCAAGUUAUUAAUGUGCAUCCAUUGCACUGAAAGUUGCUCUUUUAUAUAUGUGAAAAGGUUGAGGAGUUUGGGUGCCCUUAAUGGGACGUAUAACUUUUAAUACUGAAUUAAUGAACUUCUAGCACAUUCCAGUAUUAUCUAGUUGAAGAUAAUGUGCCCUCUUUAUACACAGUAUAUAGAAUUAAAUCCACCUCGCUAAGGUGGAUCUUACUUAUACAGCUUCUGGUUUCAUCUACCUUCUCAAGGAAUUGAUCAUAUUGCUCUUCAAGGUCAUCAAAGGUAUUUGAAUACACAUUCUACAAAUUUAUACGGUUUUAAUCCAGUU